UGAAGCUGCUGCAGUGGGAGACAGAGCAGCGCGCAGGACGCUGGCACACACUGCGGGGUUGACUCUUAUUUUGAUGAUCAGCGAUUACUUCUGGCGUUUUCUGCGUUUUUCCCAUCACUGGAUAAAGGAAUAUUUAUGACUCAUUAGCACGCUCUUUUGAAGGAUGACAUUUUGGCCAUUUGUUCUUCAGUGAGACGCGUUAUUCCGACAAGGAGGACGUGCUUUACGCACAGCCAUUCUGGAUUAUCCCACUCUUCUUGAUUGAAUUUGUCAUUAUGAAGUGUGCAGAGAAAUAAAACUAAGUGGCGACCACUCCUCGGCUCUUCUCGUCCAGAUCCAGAUGAGAGAUCUCCCCGGUGGAGCUGAAUCGCUUUUACGCAGUCAGUCCCCGGAGCGCAGCGGCGACUCUCAACCAAGAGGAGCAAACAGAGUGUCCGAUCCCACGCCCACGUCUUCUCCGUGUCCCUCAGACCCGACGCGUCAAGCUAAGAGGCUCCCGGUCCGGAUCUUAAAGAUGUUGACUGCGCACAGCGCCCACUUGCUACACCCGGAGUAUCUCCAGCCGCUCACAUCUGCGCCUGUCAGCAUCGAACUGGAUGCCAAGAAAAGUCCCUUGGCUCUGCUGGCCCAGACUUGCUCUCAAAUCGGCAAACCUGACCCCCCCUCCUCCUCCAAGCUGGCCUCCCUCUCCUCCAGCAGUCUAGGAGAUAAGGAGCCCUCCAGCCGCUCGUCCAAGUCUGGAGAGCAACACCAGUCGCUGGAUGAUAAAUCCAGCUUCAAGCCUUACUCCAAGUCAUCUGGCGACUGCCGUAAGGACGUCCUUGUGACAAAGGGCUCGUUAGAAAAAGCAGCUUUCCGGGUGCCAAAUGGAAGUUCCAGUGGAGGAAGUGCUUCUUGCCCAUCUUUGUCCUCUAGUUCUCGAUCACCGAGCUCCAACUCUCCUCCCCUGCACACACCAAGCCAGACCCACAGACAAAGCCAUUCCCCAUCCACACAAGCCCCGGCACACUCCCAGGCCCCACACAUGGACAACAAGUCUGGGAGUUCAGAACAGGCCAGCUCAGACAGCAGCAGCAACAGUGCCAGCAAAAAAGACUCAGAUGUAGUGAGGUCAGGGGGGGACGGGGCUCAGUUAGCCAACUCUAGCCAGGUACGGGCCAGCGCUAACUCCAGCAAUGCCAGCUCAGCCUGCAGCCCACGGCCAGACAGCAAGCCUGACCCUCAGGCUUCCUCACAGUCUGGUCUGAGCUCUGGACACAUUGCACCAGUCUCACCAUUUAAACCAGGACAUUCUGUCUUCCCCCUGCCCCCUGCUACCAUGGGGUACCAUGGCUCCAUUGUGGGGGCCUAUGCUGGCUAUCCUUCCCAGUUUGUUCCCGGUUUGGAUCCUACCAAAUCUAGUUUGGGUUUAGGACUUCCAGGAAAGCACCCCAGUUCCAGCCCACUAACUGGAGCCUCACCUCCAUCUCUGAUGCAGAGUUUAUGCCGGGACCCGUACUGUCUGAGUUACCCCAGUGCGUCCCACCUAGGAGGCAGUAACUGCUCCACGUGUGUUCAUGACCCGGCUAGCCUUAAGACUGGUUUCCCUCUGGUUUACCCCUCACACCACCUCCACUCUUUGCACUCUGGCUCUCUGUCAUCUAGCACGACUCCCUCCCUUUCCCACCCCCUUUACACGUAUGGCUUCAUGGUCCCGAACGAGCCGCUGCCCCACGCCUGUAACUGGGUUUCUGUCAGUGGUCCCUGCGACAAGCGAUUUGGUACAUCAGAGGAACUGCUAGCCCAUUUGCGUACGCACACAUCCCUGCAUGGAAUGGUGGACAGUAAGCUGUUGUCAGCCUAUCCUUCUUCAGUGUCAUCCACAGCCUCGUGCCAUCUCCAUUUGCCCCCACCCAACAGUCCAGGUGCACUGCCCAGCUCAUUUUCUCUCAGAGGCUCUCCUGGGUUGGGCCUGGCCCGCUACCACCCUUACAGCAAAACCCAUCUGCCCGGAGCGCCAGGACUUCCAAUGCCGGCACUUCCCUCCUCAUCAGCCUAUUACUCUCCCUAUGCCCUCUACAGUCAGAGACUGGGAUCAGCGUCGGCCCUGGGAUAUCAGUGACAAAAUGCCACAGAGACACCAGCAAACUGCAGGCAUCAGAUAAGAACAGUCCUGAAGAUGGAUUCAGGAGACUGAAGUCAUCACAAAGCAGGGCACCGUGCCCCUGGCCUCCAGUGAUGCCACCUGUUCGCCUCAGGAUGUGACUGCUACUCCACAAGCAGAGAUCCUGCACCAGAAAGACUGUAGUGAUUAAAAAUAGCAGGAAGUCUAAAAGUGAAAACAUGUAAGAUGGUCAAAACAGUCUGGAUUUUUUUAUGUUGAUGUUUUAUUUUGAAAAAU